AUGCGGAGGAAUGAUUUGGGCAACAGUUCUGACUCUACAAAUGAAGGUAACUCCGUUUUUUCACAGACCGAACACAAGAUUGUUGCAACUUACUUGAUUAUGGCAGGAAUGAUAAGUAUCCUCAGCAACAUAGUCGUUCUGGGAAUCUUCAUUAAGUACAAAGAACUUCGGACACCCACAAAUGCAAUUAUCAUAAACCUGGCUGUUACCGAUAUAGGGGUCAGUAGCAUUGGCUACCCCAUGUCUGCUGCUUCGGAUCUGCAUGGAAGUUGGAAGUUUGGAUAUGCAGGAUGUCAGAUUUAUGCUGGAUUAAAUAUUUUUUUUGGCAUGGCAAGUAUUGGAUUCCUCACCAUCAUGGCCAUAGAUCGAUACCUGACCACCUGCCAUCCUGACAUAGGAAGAAGAAUGACCUCUAACACUUACAUCAGCAUGAUCCUGGGGGCCUGGAUCAAUGGCUUGCUUUGGGCUUUGCUGCCUGUCAUAGGCUGGGCAAGUUAUGCCCCAGAUCCUACUGGUGCCACCUGUACCAUAAACUGGAGGAAAAAUGAUGAAUCUUUUGUUUCUUACACAAUGACCGUUGUUGUGGUAAAUUUUGUUGUACCUCUAGCAGUGAUGUUUUACUGCUAUUACCAUAUCACUCGAUCCAUUAGACAUCAUACUGCUAGUAACAGUGCUGAGAACUUCAACAUGGACUGGUCAAACCAGCUAGAUGUCACAAAGAUGUCAGUAUUAAUGAUAAUGAUGUUUCUGGUGGCUUGGUCCCCUUAUUCCAUUGUGUGCUUAUGGGCUUCUUUCGGUGAUCCAAAGAAGAUUCCACCUUCUAUGGCCAUCAUUGCUCCACUGUUUGCAAAAUCCUCAACAUUCUACAAUCCUUGUAUUUAUGUGAUUGCUAAUAAAAAGUUCCGAAGGUCAAUGUUUGCCAUAUUCAAAUGUCAGACUCACCAAGCAGUGCCUACGACAAGUAUUUUACCAAUGAAUGUAUCUCAAAACCCAUUGGCUUCUAGAAGAAUCUGA